UAUAGUUUUAUUUUCCUGUGCAUGGAUUUCGAUUGUUUUUAGAAUUUUUUCCUUUCACUAUUAGGUUUUGUUACUUUGAAUCUUUUCCUAAUGCUAUGACAAACAUUGAGGCUUUAAGCCUCUAUCAAAAUGGUUUUAAACGCCGCUGUACAAAUGUUGAGAGAGGCUGAUGAAUUAAAACAGAAGAUUUUAAAAUUUAGUAGUGGAACGUCAAUGCUCCAAGAUCGCAGCCUUUGGACAACACAACAACAAUUGCAAAAUGUUUAUCAAAAAAUUUUAAUGCUAGACUUAGAUUAUGCCUUGGAUAAGAAAGUUGAGCAAGAUCUCUGGAAUGUUGGUUUUAAACAACAGAUUGAAGCAUUACAAUCUAUAUCAAAAGACAGAAAGAAUCCCCUUCGCAGUGAAGGCCAGGCAAUGCUGUCAUGGGUCUUACAAGCUGCAGCUGGUUUCUACCUCUGUCUACUCCAUCAGAUUUGUGCAACUUUUAAACUGGAUUUACCAUUUAGAAGACGUGCAUCAUUACUCGGGUCUGUAGAAGCAUGGGGCCCGGGUGCAUCUGCAGCGCCUGCAGCCGCGCGCUAUGCAAGUCAGCACUGCCUUGUACACCUCGGGGAUUUGGCUCGCUACCGUCAGCAGUUACGUGUCGCACAUACGUUCUAUCGACAUGCGCUCGCCGUGUCCCCACAUUCUGGUCAGCCAUAUAACCAACUUGCAUUGGUAGCCUGGCGUCGCGGGAGACGACUGGCUGCUGUGUAUUGGCAUGUGCGGUCAUUACUCGUAAGAGCACCCUUCCCGCCCGCGCCUGUUAAUUUAGCGCGAACUCUUGAGGCUGCUAGCCGCGAUAUGAAGGAAGGACCACCGCUGCCCGUGCUGCCAGGGCUCACCAACAAUGUGUCCCACAUACCUGAAAGCAGGACAGAGAGAUUGGAUGCACACUCUUAUGUCACUGAGCUCAUCCGAGCUAUUAACUACAUUCACACUGUUGAACAAUUAGAUGCGGCAACAACUCUAGUGAAUACUUUGAAUACAUCACUAACACCUCUGAUCGCAACUGACAGCUUUGAGUCUAUGACUCUUGUAAAGAUGUCGUGUGUGCUGAUCUGGCUGGUGCAGUCAUCGAGCGAGGAUCUGAGCUCGGAGAGUGCGUUGAGUGAGGACGAGGCGGUUGCGGCGCGGCUGGCAGCCUCGCUGGCCGCCAACGCCAUGCUGGCCUUGCUGCUGCCCGCCUACACAUCGCCUGAGCCACCCAAGAAGGCACUGCCAGCUUUAAAGGUGUGGCUGCAGUGGGCGGCGGCUGGAAGUCCUUCGAGUAUCGCGGCCUCGUGCUUCAGCAGCGAGCCCGAGCUGGAGGACAAGGUGCGCGCACACAGGCUCGUCGCACUCGGCAAACAGCUCGCCGAGCAGCACGCCGAACAUUUUACAUGCGAAACGUAA